GCCCAAUAUAGGCAAAAUUUUAAUAGUAAUGUGUGUAAAACAGACCAAACGGUAUUUAUGUCUCUAUUGUCCCUCUUGAACUUCGAUGUUAUAGUGAUAAUAGUUAUGACAUUAUUUGGAAAAAUCUCACUCCAUCGUCAACAAGAUUUUGCCGACCUAUAAAAUAUAUGUUCAUGAAAGAAACUAUUGAAAAUACAAAAUUAGAAGUUGAAGAUAUAGAACAACAAAUAAGGGAAUUAAGUAAUACGCAUGUAUUAUUUGACGAAGAACAGCUUGAAGUUAAAAACACUCUUAUAUUUUCUAUGGUCGAUGGAAAGGUUUGCAAUUCAAUAACUGGAACAUCCAGUCAAAAUUGUUAUAUUUGCGGGUGUAAGCCGACCGAAAUGAAUAACAUUGAGGCAAUUAAAAGUCGACCUGUUAUAAAGGAAAAUUACAGAUACGGAUUAUCAACAUUGCAUGCGUGGAUACGUUUUUUUGAAUAUUUUAUCCACUUAUCGUACAAGUUAGAAUUUAAAACGUGGCAGGUUAAAGCUGAAAACAGAGAUCAAUAUAAUGCGCGAAAAAAACUUGUUCAAAAUAAAUUUCGUGCUGAGAUGGGACUUUUAGUUGAUAUUGUGUUGCAAGGUCAUGGUACAACAAACGACGGCAAUACUGCACGGAAAUUUUUUAAAAAUGCAGAAACAUCAUCUUUAUGUACUGGCAUUGAUGUUAAUUUAAUAAAGCGUUGCGGAAAUAUUUUAUCGACUAUAGCAAGUGGAUAUACAAUUAAUAUAGAAGCCUUUGAAAAAUAUUGUAUUAACACAGCCAAGGUAUUUGUUUCUCUGUACCCAUGGUACUAUAUGCCAGCGUCCGUACACAAAAUUUUACUACACGGUGCAGAUGUUAUACGAUAUUCACCUCUUCCUAUUGGGAAUUUAUCUGAAGAAGCCCAAGAGAGUCGUAACAAAGACUAUAAAAUGUACAGAGAGCACCAUACCCGAAAAAAUUCUCGCCUUAACACAAAUGAAGAUCUUUUGCAUAUAUUACUUAUAUCUACUGAUCCUUACAUUUCCAGUUUGAAUAGACAAACAAAUUAUUAUUCAAAGGAACUGACAAUGGAAGCAAGGACUUUAUUAAUACAACACAAUGAUGAUGCUGAAUAUAGUAAAAUUGAGGAGGAUAUGGAAUUAAAUCAUUCUUUAUCAGAAUUAAAUUUCUAA